AUGAUGUUAUCCUUGCCCUUUUCCAAAAGUUGUUGCUCCCAACAGACGUCAGCAUCAUCCUCAAAACUCAUUGACUUCUCUCCAAUUUGCAAUUUUCUGAAGUUCGGUGGUUCAGCAGUCAACUUGGAGGGUUUGGCGACCUCCGAGAUGUCCUAUUUGAUAUUAGCCAUCCCAAUUUUCAUUGUCCAGCUGAUUAAUUGCUCAAGGAAACGAAAACCAAUCGUACGUGAGACGUAGUAAUAAAAAAGAUACUAUCUUGAACGAACAUCACUUUUUUUUUAUUCGCUAUCGGAAAUAAAAAAAUCGAUUUUUGCCACUGGACGAUUUUUUGUUUUUUUUUUGUUUCCCGCCAUUUUCUUCUAAUCUUUUGACGAAAUCUCUAGUGUAAUGUGCAUUUUAAUGUCGUAAAUAUGCUUUUUAGACAAAACGAAAGCGCCCAGCUCAAAUCCCCAGGAGCCCCCGAUCUGACCCGCUCGAAAAUGACUCCAAAUCCGAGGAAAAAUCAAGAAAUCUGUGAGUUUUCCGGCCUUUCCUUCACUUUUUGAGAAAAAAAAUAUAUUUUUGCUCUCAACCUGCUCAAUAAAACCUCCAGCAUUUGUUACGAAUAUUUUUUUAUAGCAUAUUCGAAUCCCUUUCCGCAAAAAUCCGCGCAAAAACUUUGAUUCCCCGUACGAGGCUCGAACUCGUGACCUUGGCAUCGCUCAUUUGUUUAUAAGUACCACGCGCUAACCGACUGCGCCAACGGGGAACGGUCUCUGGCUGCCCGGACACACACCAAAAGAGAGCGGGGGUCGGAAAGCGAGAGAGGGCGAGCCGCGGAAAAUAAAGGAGGGUGCGUCCUUGUUCAGGAUGACCCUCAGGCGAUAUUAUACUCGACAUACGAUCCGAUUUUACAAUUCUCCUUUUAUUUGAUUGGUUUGAGUAAUUUCGAAGCAUUUUCAGUAAGUCCGAAGGGUCUUCGCAGAGUGCAAGAGAGAGUUUCGAGAGCUCGAAAAAAGAUGCCUCGGGGCAAAUACCGAAAAAUGAAGCGGAAAGGCCAAUAAAGAGCGAGGUAAGUAACAUUUUUUAUGUAAUUCACUCCAAAUACUUUCGUUUUGACAUUUUUAUCACCUUUUUUUAUUUUUAUCACCAUUUUUUACCUUUUCUAAAAUUUCUUUUAGAUUAACGCAAUUUUUUUAGAAAAUCAUGAAAAAAGGACCUGAGACUCCCUUGAAAGCUCCUGAAUUUGAACCCCAAGAAUCUUCAGAAACCACCGAAGGAAUUGCUGUCCCAAUUGGCCAAUCUGCAGGGUAUGUGUAUUUAUUGAAAUAGCGGUUUUAUUGUAGAUUACUCCGUAACACUAUACUAAUUUCAGAGCUGUCCCGACAAAAAGUUCGUUGACUGAUUUGAGGACGCCUCAGCGUGUUCGAUCCGUCACUUUCGUCAACACUCCCAAGAAACCACUGAAAAAGGUUUUAUUAUGA